AUGAAGAUCGGAGAAGGGGCAUUUGGGAAUGUCUACAAAGGAUCCUUUCACCAAACCCCUGUGGCCAUAAAGAGAUUUCAUUUUCAUAACUUGGAAGGACAAAGUAGCUCAGAUUUCCAACGGGAGGUUGAAGUCUUGAGCAAUGUAAGGCAUCCAAACCUUGUUACUCUCAUUGGGGCCUGUCCUGAAGCUUCUUCACUUAUAUAUGAAUACCUCCCAAAUGGUAGCCUUAAGGAUAGACUCACUUGUAAGGAUGGCACUCCACCUCUUUCAUGGAAAACUCGAUUCCGAAUAGCCAAGGAGAUCUGCUCAGCCCUAAUCUUCCUUCAUUCCAAUAAAUCUGGUAGCGUAGUUCAUGGGGAUCUCAAACCAUCAAAUAUCCUUCUUGAUGUAAAUUUUGUAAGCAAACUUGGUGAUUUUGGGAUUGCUAGCUUUAUCCCUCGUGACGAAAAAUCGAUCUACACAACCACACUAUUGUGCAUAGCUGACCCAAAGGGAACCAUUGGCUACAUAGACCCUGAGUUUUUAACAACUGGAGAGCUUACAUCAAAGGCGGACGUUUAUUCAUUUGGAAUUGUAGUUUUACAGCUUUUGACUGGGAAAUCAGCCAUGUGGUUAAGAAAGAAAGUGUAA